AUGGGCGCGCCCAGCAAUUUCUUCGUCCAGCACCAGGCCCGACUCGUCGCCGGCGGCAUCGUGUCGUUGACUGCGAUCAGCGCAGCACUGUACCUCGUCAAGAGGGAGCUCGACCGCGCCUGUCCGCGCGUGAGCGUCGCGCAGCUGCCCCGGGCGAGUGCAACCCGCAACUUCAUCGAGGGAGCAAGCGAAACAGCGCCGCCAGCGCGCCGCGCGUGGGGCAUGGACGCGCAGCCGCCGCUACUGUCCCCAUGGCGGCCGGGAGAGCCGGGCAGAGAGGCGACGGCGACGCACUGGGUCCCGUCAUUCGCGGCGCUGCAGGUCGACGUGCCCGCCAACAACAACAAUAACAACAAUAACAACAACAACAACAACAACAACAACAACAACAAUACAACGCGACUGAUGCAGACGCUCGUGGCCGCGUUCCUCGCCGCCCGCGCCACCGGCCCCGACUCGUGGCUGCUGGACCGCGACGUGCCGCCGCUGGCGUUCGCGCCCGCCCACCGCCUGUUUGGCCGCCCGGCCGGGCUCGGCGCCUUCGUGCUCGGCACCUGGAGCCCCCAGCGCCAGCUGCAGCCCGACCGCGACCUGCCGCCGACCGCGCCGCAGCUGCCCGUGUGCGCAUUUCCUUCCAACGCCGCUGCCGUGCGCAGCAGUGGCGAUCCCGAUUCCGCGGGCGCCGUCGUCUACUGGCGCGUCCCGGCCGGGUUCGGCGCGGCCGUCGACGGGGCUGCAAGAAAGUGCCGGCUGCCCUGGCGGCUGCCAGUGGGUGGGUUCCAGGAGUUCGUCGUCGAGCGCGUGUCGCCCGCCACGGCGCGCGUGACGUACGUGUCGGUCGAGGCGGCGCGGCUGCGGCCUGACGGCGCCGCCGGGCCGGCGGACUACGGGAAGCUGCCGUGGUUCUUGUACGAACUGCAUGUCGUGUACGCGCAGUGCCUGCUGUACAUGACGCUGCGGAGGCUGCGGAGCUGGCAGAAGUAGGGACGUAACUAGGUGCGGGCCUGCUCAGGUAGCGGGAAAAGGCUGGGGGCAAGCCAUAGGGGGUGGAGACAGGGGUUUAUUAAAGACGACAACUCUGCGGACAACGCUCAUGUAGUUUUCAUUGACGGCCCCAGUUGCUCGCCUCCAGCUCUCAAACUAGCAACGCGGCGGCACAUGAAGCCCAUCUCUAC